AUGGCUCAACCACCCCCUGAUUCCAAAAACCCGCCGCAGUUCAUUGAACAGAUAUACCAGCAGAUCAAUGAUCUCUUUGGGCAGAGUAGCAAUGCGCUUUUCCAGAUGGAAGUUGUAAGUUGUCAUAGCAUUGAGUGAUUAGAGGUGACCGCAGAAUUUUUCCUGACCUAACAUAGCCCGGACGAGUGUUGGAAAAAGGGACAUAUGAUUAUGAGGGCAGCGACGGCAAAGAUGCUAUGCAAAGAAAGCCGGAGACUGUUGUCGAUGCGGAAUUCCGCCUUUCGGAUGAUGUCUACUCUUUGUCUCAUCUUGUCUCUGUCCCGAAAGGCCCUAAGGUGGGCUAGGGUCGCGGGAAUUCUCCGAACACAAUUAACUCUAAAUUUCAGGUUUCCACAACUUAUUCCGAUCUAUUAGGGCUUCUAAUCCCCUCUUCUGGAGACAAUGAUGUUCUGAGUAAUAAGCUCCUCCCUGACCAGGUGAGCAGCAUCACUCGUAGUGGGUGAAAAUGGUCUGACGGUUUGAAUUACCAUAGGAUGCCGUCUGUUCGUGGCUACUAGCUGAAGUCGACAACUGGGAACCUCCUGUUGAUGAUGUCCUCGCAGAUCUCCCAACAGAAUUUGGGGGAUCGGGUGAGGUUGAGAAAGGGGUCAUCCCUCCCAAGAGGGAUAUCCCAAGCAGUGAAGCGGACAGACCGAAAAAGCUGCCUCGUGUGGAUCUUUAUCAGAAAUUGCUGGAUGCGUAUGAAGCAGAACGUUUCCGUUGGGCUGCGUUUAAACGCAAUGCUCAUCCGGGAUUCUCAGACCCGGGGAAGGUUGACGAAUACAACAGUGAGUGUCGACCUAAUAGUUCCUAGGGGGGAGGCGAUUAAUGAUAAAGAGUAGAAAUGCUUGCUUUCUAUGCACCUGUUGUCGACAAGAAGCUUGAAGCAAUGUUUACUCUAUUGCUUGUUCGCGGACAAUGUAAGCCUAGAUACCUCUUCCUUUAAAACUGAACGGGACUGAUAUUUUAUAGAUCACCGUGUGCGCCGCUAUGUUGGUUAUGUCGAUAUUGAAUCUGCCUCCGAGAUCUUGCUUGCUGCCAAAGAGAAUCUCCGAUCAUCUGUAUUCCGUAGUAUCGACGAUUCCCAGGACGUUUGGCCUGUGUAUUUCACGCCGGCUAAUUGGGCCAAAUACUUGUCCACUGAUUUCCACCCUCAAGAUCUCCUAUCCUCUGAAGAGACCGUCCUUGAGGAGAUAUUCGAGAAGGAGAAAGAGAGAGCCCUUCUUCUUUCAAGGCGAAACAAUAUCAAGGCGGCUGAGCAGGAUAUCCCAGCACUUGAGGCAGCAGAAGACACUGCUAGAAGAGCCUUUAGCGACGCUCAGGAUAAGAUCUACGCCCAAUGGGCCGACUCGGCCGUCCAGGUGGUCAAGUUGUACUUCAAGGCCAAAGGAAACAAUUCUGCCAGUAAAGACCCCAAGAAGAGUGGCCUCGGCAGCGCCGGGGAGCUCAACAGUGCUCUCACCAAGAACGGUCAAUCGCCGAUAUCUGACCAGGACUUUGAUGAAUUGAAGGAGAACUUCAAGAAGGGGGUUGAGGCUGAGUCCAGACUACAGCUCGCCAGCGAGUCGCUCUCCCGGGCGCAGCUUGCAGCGGCGAGUGCCAGGGGGAAGGACAAGACCCUGGUCUUGAGCCAGCUCGAUGAACAAAUUCAAUCCCUCAGUCUCGAUAUUGAAUACCUCAGGCAGACUUUAGACACAUCGGCCAACGCAACCCGGGUGCCCAUUAAAUCUACCGACGACGAGGGUAAAGACACUAUGGAUAAUAUUGAGCCGGAGACGAGGGGCAAAGUUCCACCCAGUAUCGCACUGCCGAGUCAGGAACAAGGCGCAUCUCUCUGGGAAGACGUGGUAAUCAAACUCAAGGCCUCUAGUACCUUCGAUUCCACCUUUGAAUCAGCCUCCGUCAGUCGCAUGGACUGGUCCGUGAACCUCUUCUUCGGGAGCGCCUCGGGCUCUGAAUCCAGCUCUGAUAGCGAUUCAAGCGCCUACCACACUGCGAUGAACACAUCCAUCGACAUUGGCUUCCGCGCUAUGAAGGUCGAGAUCGGGCGUCCCUGGUUCAACUCGGGCAUAUUGCAGCGCAGCAAUGAAUACUACCAUCUCGUUGGCUCCGGGACGAAAAUAGCCCCUGCCCCCGGCCCGCUCCGUAAGGCACUGGACAACAUCAACGGGGACCGCAACAACACCACCAUCAUCGCCAACGCAAACCGCUGCCUCCUCCCGUCCUGGCCAACCGCCUUCAUCGUAGUCAAGGACGUGCACAUAAUCAUGAAGUCGGACACCGCGUUCUCGACCAACGAGGUUAGCGACAUGAAGCGGGCUAUGAAUGCUGGGGGAGGCAUAUUGUGCUUCCGCGUUAGCAAGUCGAGCAGUUCUUCCCAGCACAGGACUAAGUCUGCCAUGACGCACGACGAGAAGAGUGUGUCGAUCAAGAUCCCCGGUCCACAGAUUAUCGGUUGGUUGAGCGAGUUUGCGCCUGAGGAUAACACGCAGCCGGCGUAUAAGUCGAUUGGCACGAAGGAGUUGGAAUUCUUGAAGGUGUCAUCUGGCAAGCCUUGA